AUGGAGCGGUCGGUGCGGUUUUUGGUGGCGUGCGUGAGCGUGUCCCUGCUGGUCUCGUGCUGCUCGGUGGACGCCUGGUACAAGCAGUCCCCCGGACCCAGCUACUACUCGGUGGGCCGCGCCUCCGGGCUGCUGUCCGGCAUCCGGAGGUCCCCGUACGUCCGCCGGGCCGAGGCCGAGGACAGCGGCGAGGAGGCGGCCGCCAACGAGGCGAGUCCCGAGGCCAGCAGGGACAUCUCCAUCCUCAAGAACAUGGCCAUCUGCGUGAAGGACGUCUCUCCAAACCUGAAGAGCUGCGAGCUGCUGCGGGACGGAUCCGGCACCUUCCAGUGUAAGGCCGACGUCUUCCUCAGCCUGGACUCCCUGGACUGCCUGUCCGCGUGA